GGGGACCAAUCGCAGAUCUUUCUCUACAAAUACUUUGCUGCAAAUUCUCCUAAUUUUUUCAGAAAAUCUAACACAAGGGAAAAAAUGAGAGAGAUCCUUCAUGUUCAAGGUGGACAAUGUGGGAACCAAAUCGGUUCCAAGUUUUGGGAGGUUGUUUGCGAUGAGCACGGCAUAGAUCCAACUGGAAGGUACAUUGGUUCCUCGGAUCUGCAGUUGGAGCGUGUUAAUGUUUACUAUAACGAGGCUUCAUGUGGUCGCUUUGUUCCUCGUGCUGUGCUCAUGGACUUGGAGCCUGGUACGAUGGACAGUGUCCGAACUGGUCCUUACGGCCAGAUUUUCAGGCCAGACAACUUUGUUUUUGGACAAUCCGGUGCUGGAAACAAUUGGGCCAAGGGCCAUUACACCGAAGGAGCCGAGCUUAUCGAUGCCGUUCUUGAUGUUGUGAGGAAAGAAGCUGAGAACUGUGACUGCCUGCAAGGUUUCCAGGUAUGCCACUCAUUGGGUGGGGGAACUGGUUCCGGUAUGGGUACAUUGCUUAUCUCGAAGAUCAGAGAGGAGUACCCCGAUAGGAUGAUGCUUACGUUCUCCGUGUUCCCCUCGCCAAAGGUUUCCGAUACGGUUGUCGAGCCAUACAAUGCUACUCUUUCGGUUCAUCAGCUUGUUGAGAAUGCUGAUGAGUGCAUGGUUCUUGAUAAUGAGGCUUUAUAUGAUAUCUGCUUCAGGACUCUUAAAUUGACUACUCCUAGCUUUGGUGAUUUGAACCAUUUGAUCUCUGCAACCAUGAGUGGAGUUACUUGCUGUCUAAGAUUCCCCGGCCAACUCAACUCCGACCUCCGAAAGCUUGCUGUGAACUUGAUUCCCUUCCCCCGUCUUCACUUUUUCAUGGUCGGAUUUGCUCCACUGACCUCCCGCGGUUCUCAGCAGUACCGAGCUCUAACUGUCCCUGAGUUGACACAACAAAUGUGGGAUGCAAAGAACAUGAUGUGUGCUGCUGACCCGAGGCACGGUCGAUACCUCACAGCAUCAGCCAUGUUCCGAGGCAAGAUGAGCACCAAAGAAGUGGAUGAACAAAUGAUCAAUGUCCAAAACAAGAACUCUUCCUACUUCGUCGAAUGGAUCCCGAACAACGUGAAAUCCAGUGUCUGCGACAUCCCACCUAGAGGGCUAUCAAUGGCAUCAACCUUCGUAGGAAACUCGACCUCGAUCCAGGAAAUGUUCAGGCGAGUUAGUGAACAAUUUACCGCUAUGUUCAGGAGGAAAGCUUUCUUGCAUUGGUACACCGGUGAAGGUAUGGACGAGAUGGAGUUCACCGAGGCUGAGAGCAACAUGAACGAUCUCGUGUCCGAAUAUCAACAAUACCAGGACGCUACCGCUGACGAGGAAGGCGAAUAUGAGGAUGAGGAAGAUUUGGAUGAAGAACACAUGUGAUGAAAGCGAAAACCAAACGAAGUUGUCGGUAAUGCAGCAUAUACAGGUAUGUGAUUCGAGCUUUGUGUUUUGGAUUUGUAUGUAAUGAGUAAUGAAAGUGUCUUUUCCCUAUUUUUCCCUUUCACGAGUUUGCUUUUUUUGGUUUCUAUUUGAGAGAGUAAUGUAUAAUAUAUUCGAAAAUAGUAAUGUAAUACCUAUGGCUAUGUUUGUAUUAAUUUGGUUUUUGUGUAUUAUAUGAUCAAUGCCUUAUUUCUUCUCUUAUUGAAGUAUUUAGGGGAAAAA